AUGGCACGAGUCGCGGCUGACAUGGCGCCGCAAUUCGUCAUCUCCACGGGCGACAACUUCUACGAUUCCGGCAUAGCUGACGUGGCAGCGCAGCAAUUCACCACGUCGUUCACGAACGUGUACUCGCAGGCGUCGCUGCAGGUUCCCUGGUAUUCCGUGCUGGGCAACCAUGACUACUACGGCAACGCGCUCGCGCAGCUGCACCCGCACCUCACGGCCCGCGACCCGCGCUGGGUGUGCCGCCGCAGUAUGGUGCUCUCUCUGCCGCUCUGCAGCAACGCGCAAGGUGUUUCCUGCACGGACCUGCUGGAUAUCUUUCUGUAUGACACCACUCCCCUCGUGCGCGAGUACCGCUCUGAACCGCACCGUUCGCUGGACUGGCGCGGGCUCAACGCUAACAACUGGACCAAGCAGGAGCACGCUCAGCUCAAGGAGCUGGAGGGAUGGCUGAGCAACUCCCAGGCCACGUGGAAGGUGGUGAUUGGGCACCACCCGGUGUACAGCUUUGGCGACCAUGGCAACCAGCAGGAGCUCGUUGAGGCUGUGAAGCCGCUGCUGGAGCAACACAAGGUGCAGCUGUACAUGAACGGCCAUGACCACAACCUGCAGCAUAUCCACAGAGACGACAGCUCCGUGAAUUAUGUGACAAGUGGUGGCGGCAGCAAGGCAUGGAGGGAGGCGCCACCUGCAGCAGACGCAGCACCAGGGUUGCAAUACUUCUGGCCAGGCCAGGGAUUUGUCGCAGUGGAGGUGGAUGCAGGGGAGGUGCGACUGUCAUUUGUGGGGGUGGAUGGGAGUGUCAUGUAUGAGACACGGUUGAGCAAGGAAGGCAGGUGA